UCGGAGAUGAUUUCAGCGGCAGCAAGCAACGACGGCACCAGGUCCCUCCCGCGUGAGGACGUACGCGGAGGAGCAGUGCGAGGAGGACUGCUAACAGGAAUGUAGUUACUAAGCGACCACCAGUCGUCCGUCACUUCGCGUCACCGUCCGUCGAAAUUCCCGUGCGAAACAUGUCGGCGUCGCGCGUAACCGACGGCGCCGACGUCCACGCGUCCCUCGCCAACUCCGAAGAGUUUAUGGACGCCCUAGUCGAGUUCAUGAACCAGGCGUACGUGGCGGUCGCGCAGUCGCGCGAAAAGCACGGCAUGGCGUCUUCGUGCGGCGCACCAGUGCAAAUGUCCGAGGACGAGAGACGAUCGAAGCUGGACGCUAUAGUGCGAGUGCUGGAGGCGAAAUUCACGGAAACGGCGUCGGCGGAGAAAGACGCCGGACAAAUGAGCGGCGACACUCCGCCGAAGGAUCUUAGACCGGAGACGCCAGCGCAGCGGCACGGCUACCCGCCGACGCCGCUGCCCACGCCCAAGACGCUCGCAUUUCCACAACCCUCCCGGUACGCCCGGACGACGAGAACGACGCCGUGGACGCCGGUCGCGACGCCCGGCGUCGGCCGUUUCUCCAGCGCGACGCCGGUCGGUCACGGACGCACCUUCGCCGUCGCGUACGACAGGUCCAGGUCCCCGAUGCCGCCGGAACUCUUCGGUUGCCAUCCGGAGUGCGACCAAGUCGCCAGACGUAUCGCCCCCAGGCCAGGAUACAGCCGAAGACUGUUCUAGCUCACGUCAAAACAUUAAAAGUAAAUAAAUUCACACUUCGUUGUUUAAUUACGCGCCGCGCCAUCUAUGAGGAAUAGUUAGAAGCGCCAUGUAGGCAGGUUUCGCGACGCC